AUGGAUGAAAUUAAACUAAGUGAUAAUGUUAUUGAACAAAUAAAAGAUUUUGACCACCUGUAUCAGAAUUUGACUGAAGAACAAAAAUCGGUAAUUGAUAAACUAAUAACAGACAAAGAAUUAAAAGAACGUUAUAAAAAACAUGAUUUAUGUAAAAUUUGUAAGCAGCCUAAUACUAAUUAUUAUUAUUGUCAGUCAUGUGUUUCUAAUCAUUUUCAACAAAAUUUCAAAAAUUGGACAAGUGGAAAUCAUAACGUUGAUGAAUUUAUUCAAAAAGCACAAUUAAAGACUAAAGAUACUGCACAUAUCAUAAAGUGGAUUGAAUAUGAUAAAUUUGAAGAUGUUGAAUAUUUAUCAAAAGGGGGAUUUGGAACUACUUUUAAAGCAGUUUGGAAAGAUGGUCCUUGGAAUACGAAUUAUAACAAUAAUCAAUUGGAAAGAAAAGGUGAUACAAAAGUCGCUUUAAAGUGCUUAUAUAAUUCACAAGAUAUUACAGCAGAUUUUUUAAAAGAAGUUGAAUCAAAUAUUUUAGUACAUAAUAGUUUCAUAGUUCGUUGUUUUGGUAUUACUAAAGAUCCAAAAACAAAUAAUUUUAUGAUGGUAAUGGAAUUAAAAAAUAGUAGUUUAAGACAACAUUUAAAUAACAACUUCAUUUCACUGAAUUGGGUGCAAAAGUUGUAUAGUUUAACUGGUAUUACAAUUGGUCUUGAAAAUAUUCAUAAAAAAGGAUUAAUUCAUCAUGAUUUUCAUUGUGGAAAUAUAUUAAUUAAUUUUGGUCAUUACACUUAUAUUACUGAUUUGGGAUUAUGUCAACCAGCAAAUGCCAAAUCCCCUCAAAAUAGUAAUAAAGAAAUAUAUGGAGUGUUACCUUAUGUAGCUCCAGAGAUUUUAAGAGGAAAAGAAUAUACUCAAGCAAGUGAUAUUUAUGGAUAUGGAAUUAUUGCAUACGAAAUUUGUACAGGGUUCCCUCCUUAUCAUGAUAUAGCUCAUGAUGAAUUCUUAGCAAUGAAAAUUUGCCAGGGAUUGAGGCCAAAGUCUAAUUAUAAAAUUCCUCAAUUGGUUUUUGACAUUAUUAAUCAAUGUUGGGAUGCAGACCCUUUAAAACGACCAAAUGCAGAAGAAUUAUUUAAUUUAAUUAAUAAUUUAUUUUCUGAUAUUGCUAAUAAUAAAGUGGAUUCUAUAAUUUAUGGGCAAGUUAAAGAAGCGGAUGAAAUUAACAAAAAGUCAUCUUCAACAGUUCAGUCACCAUUAUCAUCUAUUAGUACACUCCCAUAUAUAACACAUCCUCAAGCAGUUUACACGAGUAGGCUUUUAGAUUUUAAAAAUCUUCCAGAACCUAAAAAUGCAGACAAAAAUGAUGAUUUAGAAUAUUCAGAUUCUUUAAAAAUGGAUUUUACUAAACUUGAUCUUAAUUCUAAAGAUGAAACCAAUUAAGCUCAGAUUACUUUAAAGGUAACAUAUCUAUGUUUAUUUUUGUCUAGACUGGAGUCCUGCACAAAGUCUAUUUUUUGAAAUCCGGCCCAGUCCGGUCCAGAUCCAAACCAGAAUCUCAUAUUAUGGUACCUUUGAGAAAAAAAGCCAUUUUUUAAAAAAAAAAAUCUUCACAUUUAUUUAUUAAAAAACCUUUAUAUUACUUACUAAAAAAAUAUCUUUGUAUUUACUUAUUAAAAAAAUUUCAUAUUUA